AUGGCUGCAAGAGUAGACCUUCCAUCGAUGCCACAGUUUGAUCCUAAUGUAGAUUACAGCAGUUUAGCGACACGAUGGGAACAGUGGCUUAAACGAUUUCACCUUUAUCUUCGAGCGGGAAAAAUCACCGAUAUAACACAACAACGAGCCCUUCUUCUAUUCAUGGCUGGGCCCCAAGUAAAAACAAUAUUUGAAACGCUAGCUAAUACUGGAG